CUCUGUCUGUUUCUAUAUCAUUCAAAUUUCUCGCAAAAUUUUUCGGCCAUUUUUCUCGUUUGCGGGUUUUGAGUGACUCGGCUUCAUGACUCGGCGGUUCGCGUCCGACUUGGAGUCUACGAGCAAGCGAUUCGAGGCGUUCGAGUUCAGCGCCGACGACCAGGUGGUGGAGACGCAAUCCGCCAAGAUGAUGGCCAAAUUCCGAAACUUCAUGAAGAAGGUACCCAGGAACGCCAAAAAGGCCAAGAAAAAGUGCCUCGGUUCCCCACUCACCCAGUACACGUUCCUCCAGUACUUUGCAAAAGAAGCAAAGAGUCCACAAAAGAAAAUUAGCACUGUAUUAUUAUUAGACGAUGAUUCUGGUACUAGUGCGGAUCGUCAAUGUGGAUCAUCUGAUUCGUUUCAUGUGGGUACAUUAGCAGAGGAUGGCGCUGCAAGACGGAUGUCUGGGUCGGAUGCUUGUGCUCUUUCUAGUUCUUCAAAUCAUCAAAGUAAGCAAGUUUUUAUAAUUUCAGAUGACAAUGACAGAUUUGAGAAAUGCUCCUCAUCAACUUUGGCCGUUAGUCCAUUAGAGAAUGAAGCUCCAUUAGAAGAACAAACAUCAAAGUCAAGUUCUGGUGGAUAUGCAAGGGUUGAAGAAGCUACACUCAACCUUCAUCUUAAAUCAAGGGAUUCUAGAGGAGCUGGAAAUGCAAAUAAAGAUUCAGGCAUUGAGCAGUUGAGCUGUUAUGUUUAUGAACCUCAUGUGGACAAAGAGGAAGAUACUAAAUCAUUGGAUGAGAGUGCCGAUAAGCCUUUUGAAGUGAGUUAUCCAGAAGGAGAUCCUGAUGCAGUUUCUAUAAGUAAGAGAGAUCUUGAGCUUCUACAGCCGGAGAAAUUCAUUAAUGACACUAUAGUUGACUUUUAUAUUCAAUAUUUAAAAAGUAAAAUUCAACCUGAGGAAAAGCAUAGGUUCCACUUCUUCAAUAGUUUUUUCUUUCGGAAACUUGCUGAUCUAGACAAAGACCAAUCAAGUGCCUGUGAAGGCAAGGCAGCAUUUCAGGUUGUUCGUAAAUGGACUAGGAAAGUGAAUGUGUUUGAAAAGGAUUAUAUCUUCAUUCCUGUAAACUACAGUCUCCAUUGGAGUUUGAUUGUCAUUUGUCAUCCUGGAGAAGUGGUUAAUAUCAAAGAUGAGAAAAUUGAAAGCUUAUCAAAGGUUCCAUGCAUCUUGCACAUGGAUUCAAUUAAAGGAAGUCAUAGAGGCCUCGAGAAUCUUGUUCGAAGAUACCUAUGUGAAGAGUGGAAAGAGAGGCAUGGUGACACAUCAGAAGAUGAUUAUUCAAAAUUCUUACAUUUGAGAUUUGUAGCUCUGAAGUUACCACAACAGGAAAAUUCAUUUGACUGUGGCCUCUUUUUGCUUCAUUAUGUGGAAUGUUUUCUGGAGGAAGCUCCUGUCAACUUUAGCCCUUUGGAAAUCACAAAGUCCUCCAAAUUUCUCACAAAAAAUUGGUUCCGUCCUGAGGAAGCUUCUGCCAAACGAUCUCAUAUUAAGAAGUUAAUUUGUGAAAUCCUUGAAGAUCAUUCUCGGGAAGCACUAAAUGCUGAUUGUACCGAUAAGCAUCCUUCCUCUCAAGGGAUGGACGAAACAGACAAGCUAGAAACUGGCAUGAAGUGUCCUGAAGAUCUGUCCAGCUUAACAAAAAAAGUUCAUGGUAAUUCCUCCAGUUCCAAUGCUAGUGGAAUUGAAAUUUCGUUGUUAGGAGAUUCUCCUCCUGUACAGGUUGCUUCUCGGGUUAUGAGUUUAAUGUCGCCAAUAGAGGAAGUUGACGAUAGUGAUGAUCAGAUUGCUGAUUCACCGGUCAACGUGGAAGAUUGUCAGCAAGGGACUGGAUUAGCUUCGAAAUCACUCCCAAAAUCCUGUUUUGAGAAGAGAUUUAGAGUUGCUAGGCAUAUGGGAGGAAAUGGUGAUGCAUCUAAUAGCGGAUUACAGAAUUUAUCUGCAGUGGGGAUAGAUGAAAACCGUUCGAUAAUGGAAAAUGAGGCUUUGAACUAUCCAAGGAAAACAGAUGCACCUGAAUCUUCAAGUGAAAAUUACAAAGAUUAUGUUGUGCUGGAUUCUCAAGACGAAGACGACAUGCAAGGCGACUACAAAGAUUGCGUUGUAUUGGAUUCUCCAGACGAAGACGACAUGCAAGGCGACUACAAAGAUUGCGUUGUGCUGGAUUCCCAAGAUGAAGAUGAAAUGCAAGACGACAAUGAGGUUAAAUACUUUUCUUCCUCUCUAGAAAACGAACCUUCAUUUCAUCAAGAUUCUGACUCAAUCCAAAACAUCGAUCGCGAAGGGAUUCAAACGCGAGUGAGUCGUGAGGAUCCAGAGUCGGGAUCAGUCGACCAGCAGCCUCGAAAAAGGCAACGGAUCACUCGUGCAAGACGUAGAAGACGGCUUACGCCCCUUUUAAGGGGGUUGCAUUUGUUCUGGUCGUUUUGGUAAUACAGCACUAGUGAUCUUUUACUGUAUUAAGAAUAAUUGCUUAGUAAAAAGCAGUGGAAAGGGUAACGAGCGUUCGGAAGUAAAAAAGCUAACACAAUGGUUCCGUCGUG